ACAGUUCUAUUAAACUCCACAGCAAAAGCAAAACAAAUCCACAGCCAUCCUUUCGCACGGCACAGAAAUUUUCAGAAAAGUUUCAAAUUCCUUCAACUUGGUUCGUCAAAUUGAUGAAUGAAUGGACCAUCGUUGGCUCUGUCCAAAACAGAGCCCUUCCUCGCCAUCCUCCGCCGCUAUGCCGCCACUCGCUCUCUCAACAAAACCAAGAUUCUCCAUGCCCAUACGGUCACUUGUGGAAUUCUCCUCUCCCCCAACUCCAUCGAGCUCCGAUCAAACCUCGCUGUAUCCUAUGCGUUUUGCGGGUGCGUCCCUCUCGCACGCAAGCUGUUCGACGAAAUGUCUGACCGAAGUCUGUUCCUAUGGAACGCCGUAAUCAAGAUGUAUGUGGACAGUGGCUUGCAUUCUGAUGCGCUCAAGGUGUUUGAUUCAAUGAUUUGUUCGGGGAAGUGCUGGCCGGACAAGUAUACGUUCCCAUUGGUUAUUAAAGCGUGUAGUGAACUGUCUAUGCUUAAUGUUGGAGUUUUGGUUCAUGGACGUGCAUUGGUUUCUGGGUUUUCUUCAAACACAUUUGUGCAAAAUUCUUUGCUAGCAAUGUACAUGAACUGUGGGAAAUUAGAGCUAGCGAGACGGGUUUUUGACGUAAUGUCAGAGCGGAGUGUGGUUUCCUGGAACACGAUGAUCAGUGGGUGGUUUCAGAACGGUCGGCCAGAGGAAGCACUGGCGGUUUUUAACAGUAUGAUGGAUACAAAAGUGGAGCCUGAUGCUGCCACAGUAGUCUCUAUUUUGCCAUCUUGUGGUUACUUGAAGGAGUUGGAGUUGGGAAGAAAGGUGCAUAAGCUUGUGAAAAAGAAUCAUUUAGUGGAGAAGAUUGAAGUGAGAAAUGCACUUGUGGAUAUGUAUUCAAGGUGUGGUUGCAUGGAUGAGGCAUCACGAGUCUUCAUUGAGACGAAAGAGAAGGACGUGGUUACAUGGACUUCCAUGAUUUAUGGCUAUAUCAUCAAUGGCGACGCUGCAAGUGCUUUGGCUCUUUGCCAAGCAAUGCAGUUGGAUGGAGUUGUCCCAAACGCAGUGACUUUAGCUUCUCUUCUCUCUGCCUGUGCGAGCCUGAGUUGCUUGAAGCGAGGGCAAAGCUUACAUGCUUGGGUAAUAAGGAAAAAACUUGAAUCUGAUGUUCUUGUAACUACUGCUCUAAUAGAUAUGUAUGCAAAAUGUAAUGCUAUUGGCUACAGCUUUCAAGUGUUUUCAAAGACAUCUAAGAAGAGAACAGUCCCUUGGAAUGCACUUCUCUCAGGGCUCAUUCAUAAUGGGCUUGCAAGAGAAGCAGUGGGACUCUUUAAAACUAUGCUUAUAGAAGAAGUAGAAGCAAACCAUGCUACUUUCAACAGUCUCAUCCCAGCUUAUGCCAUUCUAGCAGAUUUAAAGCAAGUGAUGAAUCUACAUUCUUACUUGGUGAGAUCUGGUUUUGUAUCAAGAAUUGCGGUUAUCACUGGUUUGAUAGAUAUAUACUCGAAAUGCGGAAGUUUAGACUAUGCCCAUAAGAUUUUCGACGAAAUUCCAAACAAGGAUAAGGAUAUUAUUGUGUGGAGUGUUGUGAUUGCUGGUUAUGGAAUGCAUGGGGAUGGUGAGACUGCUGUGUCACUCUUCAACCAGAUGGUUCAAUCUGGGGUGGAGCCUAAUGAGAUCACGUUCACUUCUGUUUUACAUGCUUGCAGCCAUAGGGGGUUGGUAGAUGACGGUUUGGCAUUGUUCAAGUAUAUGAUCGAAAACCAUCCGUCGAGUCCUCGCCCCAAUCACUACACUUGCAUUGUCGAUCUUCUCGGUCGGGCGGGUCGAUUGGAUGAAGGAUAUGAUCUGAUUAGAUCAAUGCCAUUCAAGGACAAUCAUUCUAUUUGGGGUGCUCUGCUUGGUGCGUGUUCGAUACACCAGAACGUCGAGCUAGGAGAGGUGGCGGCAGAGCGGCUUUUCAAGCUUGAGCCAGAAAAUACAGGAAACUAUAUAUUGCUUGCAAAUAUUUAUGCUAUAGUUGGGAGAUGGAGAGAUGCUGAGAAAGUGAGGCAUAUGAUGAGCAAAAUAGGGCUAAGAAAGAUGCCAGCACAAAGUUCAGUUGGUGUGGCUGUAUAGGAGCAAAGAUUUGAAUUGGGCAGAAUUCCCUUGUUUUUCUGUUUAAAAAUGGUAUACAAGCUGUCGAUAUUUUCAUCGAUAUUACAUGAAAAAUCGAUAUGAGAGAUGUUCUGAUAUUUCUACGAUAUUACAAAAAAAUCGAUAAAAUAUAGAA